AUGGAAAACUACGAGACUUUAGUGGAAUACUUGAACGACCUGGAGUCGGAAGUGUCGUCAAUUGCCUACCAGCUGGUGGUGCUAGUGGAAUCGGAUGCAACUAGCGCCGUUUUAAUGAGGCUUUAUAUAGAACAGAAGUACCGGGAGAUGUUAGCGUAUGCGAGUGUUGAGGAUGUCUCUGAAUGGACUUCUCAAAUUCGGCUCGUGUUGGCUUUGAUGUUGUUCAAACUAGGGAGGUACAAGGCGGCAAUGCGGGAGGUGGCCAUUGCGGCGGACAUGGAGGUUAACUUAUUGGAUAGACGUCGGUAUUUGCGAUAUGAGGCCAAAUUACUUUCGAUUUUGGGCCUCAAAGACCGUCUCGCCGUGUGCAAGUACGCUGAAGAGUACGAAUACCAGGAAGGAGUGGCCACCUCCACGAAAGAGUCUAGUAUGGUUCCUGAGCUCGAUGAAACGAUGGUUACCGUGAAGGUUUCCGUUCCUCCUAUCCAUGAACAAGCAUUGAUGUUCAUCUCCUCAUAUGGGCAUCUUCCUGAAUUAUCGUUGGGUAAGGUGUCGAUAAUGGCACAUAAACGGGUGGCAGAUGCCGUGGCCGCACUCGACCACAAAUACCUGGAUCCUUUGGGGAUCUUGUAUGAAGCAGCUAUUUUGUUUGCACCCCAGUAUGUGUUCAAGCCGGUGGCUGAAAAUAAACAUCGUUUUGCACAGUACUUGCGGGACCAGCUCGACAAGUACCCAGAGAUAGAUGUGCAAAUGGACGUGAGGCAGUUGGUGAAGAUGGUUGGAAGACUCGAACGAGCUGCUUCUAGCUCGGCGGCUUCAAUUGCCAAUUUGAUGGUGAAGUUUCAGUUCUGCUACGGGAUGUUGCACGUCGUGUCACACGACUAUUACGAGGCGUCAUACUACUUUUUGUGGACGUUGAACUUCCUUACUCUUGCACGUCGCCAGCUUCACCCUUGGUUUAACCGGUCGGAAUACCUUUCGAGCAUCACGAUAAGAUGCUGUGCAAUGAUGUUGUGCCAGUGUAUUGAGUUUGGAAAGAUCCAGUUUUCAGUUUUUUCAUUGGAGAACAUCAUCCUCAAGUUUUCGAUGGAAGAGGUGACGAACCCAUCUGCGGAGUUCUUCAGCAACCGGGCCGGUACUCAGUUCAUUGCUUACGGCGUGCUCUACGAGCAGUUGGCGUACAAACAAGCCAAAAAGCUUAUGGUGGAAGACACCGUACUUUUGCGAUACGAACAAAACCAGAUGGUAGAGAUGGUCCGCAAGUACGUAUUGGCAUCCAUACUUCGUCCUCAAGACGACCCUAAAAUUGUGGUUCUCUUAGACAGAGCCAUUUGGGGCAUGUUAAUGUAUGGGGGUAUGCAUUUGACAGCAGUGUGGUUUUUCCAGCAUCUUCGGCACUAUUACCAGCUCGCCCUCGACUUUGGCCCUCUCCAGUGCCUGAACAGCUUGGAAUACACAUUGUUUAGUGAAGAGCAUAAACGGUACCUGAACAUGCCCCAUGUUCUCUUGCGGUUUGCUGAGUUGUAUAGCCAGUUAUGCGAAACCGAAGUGAAAAACUCGUGGGACGAAGGGAAUGGAGACGUUUUUCUCUUACCCCUUGUGUUUGCCAGCGGUAACCGUCUUGUGCUCAUGGAUAAGUUCUAUGAUGAGACGUCACUCUACCAUGACAUGCGUAACUUUGAGUUUGAUGGAUUUGGAGGACUCCGUACCAAACUUCGCAGCCAUUGCAAGCUUUCACACAAGCUUAUUCAUGGGAGGUGCGAGGUGAGCAGGGAUCUCGUACGCUUCUGGAUCCAGUCGUAUGGGCAGUACCAUGGGCUGUUUCCCCCGACUAUGGUCAAAAUUGUCGAGCGGUUUGGCGGUGACGAAUUAUAG